AUGGAUUUUACUGCGGGGUGGGGAAAAAAAGUGGUACAUCUCGGUGGAGAUGAGAUAUGGAACGCCUGGGAUACGCCAGCUCUCGAGGAAUGGACGCGAAAAAAUGGGAGAUUCCAUAAUCGCACUGAUUUGGUAGAUUACUGGAUUGCCAAUACCAUCGCUGGAAUAAAGGAAAAAACUG